AUGUCUCUGCAGGUCUCAUCUUCGACGUUUCUCGGCCUUGAAAGCUGCCAUGUGUUUGUCACGGGAGCGGCCGGAGGGGUCGGCGGAGCCGUUGUCACAGAAUUUCUGGCCAACGGAUGCCGGGUCACUUCUUUCGAUAGAAACCCGCUGAACAUCGAGGCCCUAUCUAUUUCAGAGGAGCAGAAGACGAGACUGCACCAUAUUUCGGGCGACUUGAGAACCGAAUCAUCCAUUGCGCAGGCCUUUGAAGAAGCCACCAACAACUUUGGCCCAGUCCAAAUCCUGAUUGCCAACGCUGCCAUCACAGACGAGAGCAGCCAUCCAUCAAUCUGGGAUAUUGAUACAGAGAGAUGGGAUGCAGUCUACUCCGUCAAUGUCCGAGGAACCUUUCUGACCAUCAAGCACUUCCUUCGCUCUGUAAAGCAGGCGCAAGAAGUAUCUGGCAAGGAGUUGGACAACGUCGCUAUUGUAGUCACCGGCUCCGAAACAGGUGUCUUUGGCCAGGCCGGCCACGCUGAAUAUGCGUCGGGCAAGGCAGGUCUCCAAUAUGGACUUGUGAAGACUGUCAAAAACGAGAUCGUCAAGCUCAAUUCUAAAGGUCGUAUCAACGCUGUUGCGCCUGGUUGGAUCAACACUCCAUUGAUAGGAGACCGACUGGAUGACCCGAAGGAGAGAUGGGCUGAGGCAGAAGCGACUGUCGCGCUCCGCAAGAUUGCUGAGCCCAGUGAUGCAGCUCGUUGCAUGGCGUUUCUAGCAUCUCAUAGAGCUGCAGGCCACAUUACCGGCCAGUGUAUAUCUGUUGAUGGGGGCCAAGAAGGCCGCUUGCUAUGGAGAGAGGCGCAAGAUGAGCUUCAAGCCAAGACCGCCAGCGGUUCUUUGACGCAGAGAUUGGUCUUACCAACCGCCUCCGAUCCCCCUGAGAGGCGCCGAAGAUUAAGAAUCUGCCUCUCUGUUGACUUUGACGCGGUCUCGGGGUUGAUCGGAACUGGUCAUGUUCCAGAGAACAAACUCGCCGACUACUCGGCUGCCCACUUUGGCGGCAACGUCGGUGUCGAUAGACUAUUGAGGGUUUUCAGCAAGCAUGGCAUAUCUCAGCAUGUCUCGUGGUUCAUCCCAGGUCACUCCAUGGAAAGCUACCCCCGACAGACACAGGCCAUUGUUGCAAGCGGCGCUGAGAUUGGCCUACAUGGGUACAGCCAUGAAAGUGCAUACUCGUUGUCUGAACAACAAGAAAGAGAUAUCCUCAUGAAGUGCAUCGAACUAGCCACUUCCCUCCGCGAGGGGAAGAAACCCGUGGGGUACCGUGCACCCUUAUACGAGAUCAGGGAGUCAACAGUUCGCCUAUUGGAAGAGUACGGGUUUCUGUACGAUGCUAGCCUGAAUUCCCACGACAGUCUGCCAUACUUUCUCCCCAAGACCUUUGCGGAGGGCAAGCCAGCAAUUCCAGAUUAUAGUCAACCUGCUAGCACAUGGAUGAAGCCAAUAGCAUUCACCGAGCAACCUGAGCCCGGAUCGCAGGAAGCGGAAUCGUCCUUGGUAGAGAUUCCAGGUAGUUGGUACACCGAGGACGCUACGCCUCUAUGCUUCUACCCGCACUCGGCAACGACCCAAGGCUACGUGAGUACAGAUGUCAUAGAGAAGAUGUGGAUGGACCGCUUUGAAUGGCUGUGGGAAAAUGAGAGUUUUGUAGAUGAAGGUCCUGGCGCUGGAUAUGGAUCUAUCUUCCCUCUCAUCCUCCAUCCGGAGUGUGCUGGGAGGUCGCAUGUCAUUGGCAUGAUUGACAAAUUUGUCGCGAAGCUCAAGGCAAAGGCUGGUAGCGCUGCUGGAGGGGAAAUUACUUUUGACUGCAUGACAGAUGUGGCGAAGGCUUGGAAGGCAAGGACGCCUGGCUCAUAA